AUGCCGCAUGAAUUUACGGAUGCGCAGUUAACCCGUGAAAAACAUGAAUUUUUCCGGAAUCACUUAUCAUUAAUACCGGUUCACAGUAACCACGCAUCAUUAUCAUUAUCAGCAACAACACCGGCAUCAAUUGCUCUGCCUUCUGAUUUUUUUAUCACUCCUUUUCUGCAGCAACAGCGCUAUCCAGAAAGCGAGCCUGGGAGUCCAGCUGAACACACUGCUGCUUUCCGCUUCAAAUUUCCUGCUAUUGCUGGCUCUGGUUCUCGCGAUUCUUCUGAUUCUCGCCGCAGCCAAAUUCAGUUACGAAAGCACAGCGUUUUUGAUGACAAAAUAGAUCUGCUUUACAAAUCACCAUUUGUGACACCAGCAGAUCCGAAAGUUGCCGGAGCAGCAGUAAUGGCAGACCAAGCCGGAAAAAUGGAGAGGCCGAAAGCAAAAUUCAGCGAUGAGGAAUUUCAAAUACGGGCUGCCUUCUUGUGCAAAGAGCUAUCAAAACGAUUAACCCAGGUUAUUGAAAUCACUUAUUUCAAUUUAUCGAUUUCUGCCACAAAGGCUGAACCACCACGAAAAUGCUUCUGA